GGCGGGAGGAGGAGGAGGCGGAGGCGGAGGAGGGAGCCCGCGAGGGAGGGUCCGCUCGGCCCCCCGCCGCCGGAGCCGCCGCCGCCGCCGCCGUUGCCGCCGCCUCAGCCGCUGCUGGACGAAGAGCAGGGGAACAUGGCGCCGGGGCCGCCGUCUCCGCGGCCGGGAUCGCGAAGACCGGGGCCGCGCUGAGGGCGCCCAGCUGGAAGAAAUGUUGGCUAUUUGGCAAUGAGAAGUGGUGAAAACUGACAUCAUAGUGGUACACAAGCACUAUGGGUCCUGACCCUCGUGCUUCUUGGGCAGCCAUUCUCCACUGGUAAUGUUGGGAAGCCAUCCACUCCGCUGGAAAACACUGAUCUGAUCUUGGAAGUGGCCGGUUGUGGCAGGAUGUGUCGACGAUGAUGAUGGCAAGAAAGCAAGAUGUCCGCAUUCCCACCUACAACAUCAGUGUGGUGGGAUUGUCUGGGACUGAGAAGGAGAAAGGCCAGUGUGGCAUUGGGAAGUCUUGUCUCUGCAACCGCUUUGUGCGCCCAAGUGCUGAUGAGUUUCACUUGGACCAUACCUCUGUCCUCAGCACCAGUGAUUUUGGUGGGCGAGUGGUCAAUAAUGACCACUUUCUCUACUGGGGAGAAGUUAGCCGCUCCCUGGAGGAUUGUGUGGAAUGUAAGAUGCACAUUGUGGAGCAGACUGAAUUUAUUGAUGAUCAAACUUUUCAGCCUCAUCGAAGCACGGCCCUGCAGCCCUACAUCAAGAGAGCUGCUGCAACCAAGCUUGCAUCAGCUGAAAAACUCAUGUACUUUUGCACUGACCAGCUGGGGCUGGAACAGGACUUUGAGCAGAAACAAAUGCCAGAUGGAAAGCUGCUGGUGGAUGGUUUUCUUCUUGGUAUUGAUGUUAGCAGGGGCAUGAAUAGGAACUUUGAUGACCAGCUCAAGUUUGUCUCCAAUCUCUACAAUCAGCUUGCAAAAACAAAAAAACCCAUAGUGGUGGUCCUGACCAAGUGCGACGAGGGCGUUGAGCGGUACAUUAGAGAUGCACAUACUUUUGCCUUAAGCAAAAAGAACCUUCAGGUUGUAGAGACCUCAGCACGAUCCAAUGUAAACGUGGACUUGGCUUUCAGCACCUUAGUGCAACUCAUUGAUAAAAGUCGGGGAAAGACGAAAAUUAUUCCUUAUUUUGAAGCUCUCAAACAGCAGAGCCAGCAGAUAGCUACAGCAAAAGACAAGUAUGAGUGGCUAGUGAGUCGCAUUGUGAAAAAUCACAAUGAGAAUUGGUUGAGUGUCAGCCGAAAGAUGCAGGCCUCCCCAGAGUACCAGGACUAUGUCUACCUGGAAGGGACUCAGAAGGCCAAGAAGCUGUUUCUACAGCACAUCCACCGCCUAAAGCACGAGCACAUUGAGCGCAGGAGAAAGCUGUACCUGGCUGCCCUGCCGUUAGCUUUUGAAGCGCUUAUUCCUAAUCUAGAUGAAAUAGACCACCUAAGCUGCAUAAAAGCCAAAAAACUCUUAGAGACCAAACCAGAAUUCUUGAAGUGGUUUGUUGUGCUUGAAGAGACACCAUGGGAUGCCACCAGUCACAUUGACAACAUGGAAAAUGAACGGAUUCCCUUUGACUUAAUGGAUACUGUUCCUGCAGAACAGCUCUAUGAGACCCACUUAGAGAAGCUGAGGAAUGAGAGGAGGAGAGCGGAGAUGAGAAGGGCUUUCAAGGAAAACCUGGAGACCUCGCCUUUCAUAACUCCCGGUAAACCUUGGGAAGAGGCCCGUAGUUUUAUUAUGAAUGAAGAUUUCUAUCAGUGGCUAGAAGAAUCUGUAUACAUGGAUAUUUAUGGCAAACAUCAAAAGCAGAUUAUAGACAAAGCAAAGGAAGAAUUUCAGGAGUUGCUUUUGGAAUAUUCAGAAUUGUUUUAUGAGCUGGAGCUGGAUGCGAAGCCCAGCAAGGAGAAGAUGGGUGUCAUUCAGGAUGUCCUGGGGGAGGAACAGCGAUUUAAAGCACUACAAAAGCUCCAGGCAGAGCGGGAUGCCCUCAUUCUGAAGCACAUUCAUUUCGUGUACCACCCAACGAAAGAGACCUGCCCCAGCUGCCCAGCUUGUGUGGACGCUAGGAUUGAGCACUUGAUUAGUUCUCGGUUUAUCCGACCAUCUGACCGGAAUCAGAAAAAUUCACUUUCUGACCCCAACAUUGAUAGGAUCAACUUGGUUAUCUUGGGCAAAGAUGGCCUCGCCCGAGAGUUGGCCAAUGAGAUUCGAGCUCUUUGUACCAAUGAUGACAAGUAUGUGAUAGAUGGUAAAAUGUAUGAACUUUCCCUGAGGCCAAUAGAGGGGAAUGUCAGGCUUCCUGUGAACUCUUUCCAGACACCAACCUUUCAGCCCCACGGCUGUCUCUGCCUUUACAAUUCAAAGGAAUCACUGUCCUACGUAGUAGAGAGUAUAGAGAAAAGCAGAGAGUCCACACUGGGCCGGCGGGAUAAUCAUUUAGUCCACCUCCCCCUGACACUAAUUUUGGUUAAUAAGAGAGGAGACACUAGCGGAGAGACCCUGCAUAGCUUAAUACAACAAGGUCAACAAAUUGCUAGCAAACUUCAGUGUGUCUUUCUCGACCCGGCUUCUGCUGGCAUCGGUUAUGGACGCAACAUUAAUGAGAAACAAAUCAGUCAAGUUUUGAAGGGACUACUAGACUCAAAGCGAAACUUAAACCUGGUCAGUUCUACUGCUAGCAUCAAAGAUUUAGCCGAUGUCGAUCUGCGAAUUGUUAUGUGUCUGAUGUGUGGUGAUCCUUUUAGUGCAGACGAUAUACUCUUUCCUGUCCUUCAGUCCCAAACCUGUAAGUCUUCCCAUUGUGGGAGCAACAACUCUGUUUUACUUGAACUUCCAAUUGGGCUACACAAAAAGCGCAUUGAACUGUCUAUUCUCUCAUACCAUUCCUCGUUUAGUAUCAGAAAGAGCCGGUUGGUUCAUGGGUACAUUGUUUUUUAUUCAGCCAAACGUAAGGCCUCCUUGGCUAUGUUAUGUGCCUUUCUUUGUGAAGUGCAGGAUAUUAUCCCUAUCCAGCUUGUAGCACUCACUGAUGGCGCCAUAGAUGUCCUGGACAAUGACUUAAGUCGGGAACAACUGACAGAGGGGGAGGAGAUUGCUCAAGAAAUUGAUGGAAGGUUCACAAGUAUCCCCUGUAGCCAACCCCAGCACAAACUUGAGAUCUUUCACCCAUUUUUUAAAGAUGUAGUGGAGAAGAAGAACAUAAUCGAGGCCACUCAUAUGUACGAUAAUGCUGCCGAGGCCUGUAGCACCACUGAGGAGGUCUUUAACUCCCCCCGGGCUGGCUCACCACUCUGCAACUCAAAUCUGCAGGAUUCAGAAGAGGAUAUCGAGCCCCCAUCUUACACCCUGUUCCGAGAAGACACAUCACUGCCCUCUCUGUCCAAAGACCAUUCCAAGCUUUCUAUGGAACUGGAGGGAAAUGACGGGCUAUCUUUCAUCAUGAGCAAUUUUGAGAGUAAACUGAACAACAAAGUACCUCCACCAGUCAAACCAAAGCCCCCCGUCCAUUUUGAAAUUACAAAGGGAGAUCUGUCUUAUUUAGACCAAGGCCACAGGGAUGGACAGAGGAAGUCUGUGUCCUCUAGUCCUUGGCUGCCUCAGGAUGGCUUCGAUCCUUCUGACUACGCUGAACCCAUGGAUGCUGUGGUCAAGCCAAGGAAUGAAGAAGAAAAUAUAUACUCUGUGCCCCACGACAGCACCCAAGGCAAAAUCAUCACCAUUCGGAAUAUUAACAAAGCCCAGUCCAAUGGCAGUGGCAAUGGUUCUGACAGUGAGAUGGACACCAGUUCUCUAGAGCGAGGCCGCAAGGUAUCCAUUGUGAGCAAGCCAGUGCUAUACAGGACGAGAUGCGCCCGACUGGGGCGGUUUGCUCGUUAUCGAACCAGUUUCAGCGUGGGGAGUGACGAUGAGCUGGGGCCCAUCAGAAAGAAGGAGGAGGAUCAGGCUUCCCAGGGUUAUAAAGGGGACAAUGCUGUCAUUCCAUACGAAACAGAUGAAGACCCGAGGAGGAGGAAUAUCCUUCGUAGUCUAAGGAGGAACACUAAGAAACCAAAGCCCAAACCUCGACCGUCCAUCACAAAGGCAACCUGGGAGAGUAACUACUUUGUGCCCUUAACAACUGUUGUAACUCCAGAGAAGCCGAUCCAUUUUAUUGAAAGAUGUAUCGAGUACAUUGAAGCCACAGGUCUGAGCACUGAAGGCAUCUACCGGGUCAGUGGGAACAAGUCAGAGAUGGAGAGUCUGCAGAGACAGUUUGAUCAAGGUAAACCAAACCUGGACUUGGCAGAGAAAGACUUCACGGUGAACACUGUGGCAGGCGCCAUGAAAAGCUUCUUCUCAGAACUGCCAGACCCCCUGGUCCCCUACAACAUGCAGAUAGACCUGGUGGAGGCGCACAAAAUCAACGACCGGGAGCAGAAAUUGCACGCUCUUAAGGAAGUAUUAAAGAAAUUCCCAAAGGAAAACCACGAAGUCUUCAAAUAUGUCAUCUCUCACCUAAACAAAGUCAGCCAUAACAACAAGGUGAACCUCAUGACCAGCGAGAACCUCUCCAUCUGCUUCUGGCCCACCUUGAUGAGGCCGGACUUCAGCACCAUGGACGCGCUCACGGCCACGCGCACCUACCAGACAAUCAUCGAGCUCUUCAUCCAGCAGUGCCCCUUCUUCUUCUACAACCGGCCCAUCAGCGAGCCCCCAGGUGCCUGCCCAGCUCCCCCUCAGCCGUGGCUGCCACCGUUCCCUUCCUCACCUCCACGCCUGUCACCAGUCAGCCAUCACCCCCCCAGUCACCUCCACCCACCCCGCAGUCCCCCAUGCAGCCACUUCCCUCCCAGCUCCAAGCCGAACACACGCUGUGAGCCGCCAGGCCUGGGGCAGCGGGAGAACUGGUCUCUGAAGCAGUGUGGCACUCAGCCUUGAACAGGAC